CAUUCAGACAGUAAAACUUCUACAAGUGGGUUCCUGUGUUCUUUUGGAAUGUCCCUGUCAUUCUUCAAUGCUAUCACUAUUUAAAGGCAGCUCUUUCCAGAUGGACUGAGUCUAUUCCACAUGGCUUUGACUUCUGAAUGAAUACUCAGUCAAUUUCUCUGCCUGGUUAGGAAACUCCUGGGCUCCCCCAGACUUCCCCCUUCCCCCACUUCCAUUGCUACCCUCCUGGCAUGAAGGCUUCACCAAUGACUGACAUGACAUUCGCAUGGCCUUCAAAUACCAGACAGAGUCAGGCCCCCGGGGCUGCAGGAGCAGGCCGUGGCAGCAAUGGGGGGACUCAGCCAUCCUCAUGGUGUUUGUUUUUCCCCUGUGUAAACCGAGCAGUGGUUGUGAAGGAUUUGCCCUUUGCUUGCCUGUUGCUUUUUUAUACACCAAAGAGAAAGCAAAUUUUGAUUUUGUUCCGUAAUAAAGGGCACCCAACAACUGAAUUCUUACCUUUAAGCUAGCUGUCGCCAAAAGGGACAAGGAAGAGAGCUGGUAGACUGUUCCUUUUGAACCCACUCUUACAUCAAAAGAGCGUAUUUUUUUCCUUGCCGUGUAUCACCUGGCAGACCUCGACGGCGUCCUUGUUGUCCCUGGACUUAGGAGAAGUCCUUGCUAAAAGCAAGAUGUAGAAGUGGGAGUGACCUAUGAAAAAAGAAAUGAGUUAAAUUUGAUAUGACACAUCAUAUAAGGAAGAAUAAUUGUUGGCACAAGCAUGCAGAGGUUGGGUGUAAGUACGUUAGUCCCCACCCUCUUCGUCAGCAGUCACACAGCCUUGGACAUUAGAGCCCUGUCCGUCUGAUCUAGAGAAGGAAUGUUGCUGGGGAAGGGAAACCCAGGGCGAGGUGAGAGAGGACAGAACCUCUAACCAGGAAGAAGCUGUCCCUGCCAAGCUCCAGAGAGGCGCAGAAGCAUGGCCCUCAGGUGGUAACAGAAAGCAAUCCAGAUGGGGUGCAGGUGCUGUAAAAUAAUACAAAGCUAUCUCUUUGAUCCAGUUCAAGUGCCCUCUCCCGGCUAUGUCAAUGAAGUCAACAGCUGCAAGCUAGAUGAAGAUGACACUGUUAAAUUAAAAGGCAAGUGGGGCGGUGAAGUCCUGGUGCAGAAAAAUGAGCCUCAGAGGCAGGGCUCAAAGAAGACUGAUAGCAACAGCAGGACAGCUGAUCCACGGGAGCCCUGCUGGCCUCACCAAGGUCCGCUCCCGCAGGGAGAUGCUGGAGGGGACCACCAUGCCUGCGGUGUCAACGGCAUUGGCCCUGCUGCCGCCCCACAGCCCACUGGGAAUCCCAGUCCCUCCCAGGAUGACAGGGGCUCCUGGGCCAGUACUGCAAAUACUAUUCCCCCAACUCAACCCUUCCUGGAAGGAGGGGGCACUCAGAAGCAGGACUGUGUGCUGCUGGCCUCAGAAGAGACCCAGGUCAUGAGAAACGGAGGCUCCAGAGCGCCUUCUGAUGUGGAAAGUUGUGCCUUGGAAGUACAGGAGCAUGUCUUCCAGAUACCAGCCCCAGAUUACCCUCAGCAUUGGGGCUCAGCUGGAGGCAACAUUGAUCAUAGUGAAAAGAACCAUGUUUCCGAGAACCAUACUGAGGAGGAGUCCCUAGAGGGAAUUCAGCCCACAGUAGGGGAGCAUGGUUUGAAUACACCCUUCUCUGUGAGGAGAAGCUGGAACUCAUUGAAUGAGGGUGUGAAAACAGAAGUUCUAAGCAUCUGCUUUAGUGUGAAGGGUCCCGCUCAUGUCAUGCCUGUGGUUGACUCGGGAAAUAGGCAGGAGGAUGCACAUGGCUCCAACGGAGACGGGGACAGGGAGAUUGUGGACGUGGAUGCAGCAGUGGCAGAGGCCCUGGCGGCUUUAGAAGCUGCUACUGCAGGAGAAGAUUUGGAUGAGGCUGAUUAGGGAAGGGGAUUUGCACAGGGAGGUAAGCAGUGUCAUGCUGAGCACGUGGAUGCAUUUGCUCCCCAGAGGCAGAGCAGGUGAUUACGCCAGCAUCCGCCAGGGCAGCCUUACAGUUGUUUACAUCCGGCACCUGUUCUGAUUGCCAGCAUCUGUCCCACACUGCUUGUCACGUAUCUGGAGUUUCACUCUGUAUAGGUGAGCUGUGGGUCAUUGUGCCCAUAUCCACAGAAAAGGCAGAAAUUGAACAGCCUGCUUGACAACCCUCAAACGUCUCUGAGCACCUGGUACAGAUGUUUAUGGGAAUACGCUAAGAUCUCAACCCUUGAUCCCAAAGGCACACAAUCACAGAGCAUUCCUUUUGACUGUAAAUUGUUUCCCUUGUUUUUGAGAGCCAAACACUGUACCCAACCCAGAAAAGGUAACUACUCCACUUAAAGUGCCUCAUGUGUCCCCAGAGCAUGGCUUAACUAGAGGGACAAUCAGCAGGGAACUAAUAACCAACCAGUUGUUCCACAGUGGGUUAAGCUCAGCCGUUUUCACAGUAGAGCAGAAGUCCCCAGGAAACAAGGGUUAGUCAUUAGCUGAGAUGUGAUUUUAAAACACCUUGACCUUAACUUUUUUACAUUAUUCCUUUUAAAUCUCCUUUGGGAUCGGGGACCCUGGCCAAAACGAGUCUUAAGACUGCUUGUCUCAUAUUUGGAUUUUAAGUUCAUGACUUUCAGAACAGCAAAGCCAUCUAUGGAAUGUUUUUAUGCCAUUCAAUGUCUGAUUCUAAUUAAAAUGUAACAACGUAUGUGUCUUUCUGUCUUAACUUGAAGGUGGUUCUAAUUUUCUCAGACUGUCAGUGACCCUGGGUGUUACUUCCAAUGUGAAGAGCUAAGCUAGGCACAGUGGCUCACGUCUGUAAUCCCAGCACUUUGGAAGGCUGAGGUGAGAGGAUUGCCAAGGCCAGGAAUUCAAGGCCAACCUGGGCAACUUAGUGAGACUUCAUCUCUUAAAAAAAUAAAAAAAUAAAGAGCUAGACUACAAAAUUAUACAAGGAAGGGGGCUUUGGCUUUCUCUCCCUCAAGUUAAACUUUAUGCUGUAACUAAAUGUCCUGAUGUUAUCUUAAAGAGCAAAAAGGCCUUUCUGGAUUUCAGCCUUCUGAUUCCUAGAAACAAAGACAACCGUUCUGACUUAAUUCGAUGGAGAAUGUAAAGGCAUUAAGGAUGCUCAAAACUAUCCAAAAAACAAUAAACAUGGAAGAUGCUUUA